AUGGACACUGCUCUGGAAGCCAACCUGGGCGCUGCUGGCCACGGUCCCCGCACAGAGCUCAAUGAUGAGGACUACUACCCUCAGGGCAGUUGGGACACAGUCUUUCUGGUAGCUUUACUGCUCCUGGGACUGCCAGCCAAUGGGUUCAUGGCAUGGCUGGCUGGCUCGCAGGCCCGGCACGGGGCUGGCACGAGACUGGCUCUGCUCCUGCUCAGCCUGGCCCUCUCUGACUUCUUAUUCCUGGCAGCAGCAACUUUCCAAAUCCUGGAGAUACAGCAUGGAGGGCACUGGCCACUGGGCACUGCCGCCUGCCGCUUCUACUACUUCCUAUGGGGUGUGUCCUACUCUUCCGGCCUCUUCCUAUUGACAGCCCUCAGCCUGGACCGAUGCUUGCUGGCGCUGUGCCCACGCUGGUACCCAGGGCGCCGCCCAGCCCGUCUACCCCUCUGGGUAUGUGCUGGGGUCUGGGUGCUGGCCACACUAUUUAGUGUGCCCUGGUUGGUCUUCCCCGAGGCUGCUGUCUGGUGGUACGACUUGGUCAUCUGCCUGGACUUCUGGGACAGCGAGGAGCUGCCUCUGCGGAUGCUUGAGAUCUUGGGGGGCUUCCUGCCCUUCCUCUUGCUGCUGGUCUGCCACGUGCUUACCCAAGCCACUGCUUGCAGGACCUGUUGUGGGCACCAGCCUAGGACUAUGGCCCGCCAUGGCUUUGCCCGUGUGGCCAAGACCAUUCUGUCAGCCUAUGUGGUUCUGAGGCUGCCCUACCAGCUUGCACAGUUGCUCUAUCUGGCUUUCUUAUGGGAUGUAUACCCUGGCUACCUGCUCUGGGAAGCCCUGGUCUAUUCUGACUAUCUGAUCCUGCUCAACAGCUGCCUGAGCCCUUUCCUGUGUGUGGCAGCCAGUGCUGACCUCCGGGCCCUGCUGCGCACUGUACUUUCCUCCUUUGCAGCUGCUGCCUGUGAGGAAUGGCCUGGCAGCUUCAUGCCAGCUGAGCCACAGACCCAGGUGGCCUCUGUGGGCCUAACUCCAUCAGGACCAACAGCUGAAGGCCAGCCACAAUUGGAUCCCCUGGUCCAGCCUGAGGUGAGCCCCUCAGUCCAGCCACAGUCAGAUUCUGUGGUCCAGCCUGAGGUGAGCCUCUCAAUCCAGCCACAGUCAGAUUCUGUGGUCCAGCCUAAGGAGGACUCCCUCAUCCAGCCACCAUUGGAUCCUAUAGUUCAACUUGAGGCGAACCCUUUUACUCAACCACAGUUGGAUUCGAUGGGUCAACCUCAAGUGAACCCUUCAGCCCAACCACAGUCAAAUUCUGUGGUCCAGGCUCAAGUGGACUCCCUGACCCAGCCACAGUCAAGCACAGAGAUCCAGACCCCUGCCUGUGGGGCUGAGUCAGCCUCUAACCCUGGUGAGGAAAGCACCCCCAGCCCAGAUCCCAUGCCUGGGGCCCCUGAGAACCUAGACAAACCAGCUGUUCCUGAGGGAGAAAGCCCUACCAAUGUCACACCAAAAGAGGCCCCCAAAGUAGGCCCCACUUGA